AUGAGAGGUUUUGUCACCAUGUUUAAGUUAGAGGCGGGUUUGUGCUUCAGAACAACAGCUACAGUUUUAAGCUAACAGCUAACACUAGACGCUCAUUAGCCUAAAAAUUUCCGUUAGGUAAAGUUCAUUCUAAGCUAAGCUAUUUCGUACCAGCUCUGUUCCAACUGACACCGUGUUAGCGUCAACUUUAACGUACCCCUGCUGUGCUGUAGCCGUUUCUCCGGCUGGUCUGUGCAGAAUGAGCGCCGGACGGGAAUCUGAGGGUCCCGGAUCCGUCUCCUGGUGGGGCUUCAGUCCUGCACGCGACCUGCUUAGUCUGGGCCCAGUGAGAUAUGAAGGAGAAGCCAAUGUUUUACUCAUUGGCAGUGGAGAUCCGCGACAUAUUUUGAAGACCAUUGCUGGUUUGCAGGACACACAAAGUCUUCAUGUGUGGGUGAUAGAGACCAGCAUGGAGGUGGUGGCUAGACAGCUGCUGCUCCUCUACCUGGCACUGAUACCCCAGGAAUCCAUGGGAAUUAAUGAGAAGACGGAGGUGUUUCUGGAGGUGUUUGGGAACAGUGAAAUCCGCAGUCAGACGGAGGAGACUGUGCGUCGUGCAGCGUCACAGCUCUCUUCAUCUGUUACUGAAACACUGGAGGCUGCCUCACACGCCUGCCUCAACACAACUCUUCUCAAGUUCAAGGAGCGAGAUGAACUGGCCACGAUAUUCAAGUUGUGGAUUCAGCCUCGGCCUUCAUCAUCUUCAUCCGAGCCUCCUGCUCCUAUCCUGAUGCCCAAAGUCUGGGAUUACCGGGUCAGGCAGCAUCUUGGAACUCGCUAUGACUCCAAAAAAGCCUGCUUCGACUGGGAUCUUACAAUGAAGCUGCACCAGAAAGGGUGUGGCGUCAUCAACAAACAGCAAUAUGCGCGAUGGAGGGAACAGGGAUUGGCAUUUGAAAUGAGGGAAGGUGUCUACCAAAUAGCCAAUCCAAGUUUGCUCUCUUCAAGAGUGUUUAGUCGGAAAGGGGAAAAAGUAGCUUUCAGGGGCUACUGGGGAGACAUUGUUUCCAGUCCUUACCUCUCCUUUGGCAUUGAAACUGAUGACAAGAGCCUGCUGAAGACACAGAACGGGCAACACAUCAAGACAGCCCAGGAUAUCUCCAUUGCAAAUGUGCAGGGAUUGUUUCAGUGCCUGUCCAGCAGACGGGGCUGCCCCACUACUUCUCAGUCAGACUCAGAGGCGCCGUCCACACAGAUUGACCAGAAAUCUGUCACCAUUAACGACUUGAUGCGUCUGAAUGGGAUCUCUGUGACGUUCCUGCCUUUGGACUCACUUCACAAGCUGCCAGAAAAACAGAAAUACUCCCACUACUUCAACACCAUUUAUGCCUCUGUCAGCUGCGCGCACCAGUUGGGCCCGAUGAUGAGACAGAUUGCAGCACCAGACGCCGUGCUCGUCGUGGAGUUGGCCAAGUACAUUCUGGAUCUGAGCAAAGAGCAAGAAGGAGGCUUUGCGAAGAAAGUGGCGAGCAUAGCUCUGGAGGCUGGAUUUGAACCGUGGCGUGAAGGGAACAGUGAUGACGUCCAUUGUGUUUUCACACAACAGAAGAAGUAAAGGUGGCUUAUUUCAUCCGAGCUGUUUACUCUGCCCCCUGUGUCAGCAGAUUUACCUUCACAAGAUGCAAGAGACAGGAUGAGGAAGCUUCACAGCACAGAGAUUUUAUGCAAACACAUUUUAUUUGUCCUUCAUAAGGAAGUUUAAAACUGCGAGAGACCUCAGCUAGUGAGUCAUAGUUCUUUGUAGCAGCUGUCAUGAAUUUUCAGCAGAAAAAUUCUAAAUGUCCAAUGCUGAAAUACGUUGUGCAUUCAUGCAUUUUAUUAACUACAGAUGCGAAUUUCAGGGGAUGCAUUUAAAGUAAAGGACACACAAAAAUCUAUCGUAUCUAGUGCCGCUCAAUGAUAAACACUGCAAAACUGCUGCAACCUUGUCCUGAAACUAAAGAACAGUCUUCUGUUUUUUUAUGGCUCCUGUGUGUGAGAGUUCACUUCCAGCGUCCUCCAACCUUCCCCUUACCGUGGCCCUUUUUGCUGUGUUAAGACAAGAGAAGAUUUAAAGUAGAUAACAAACAGCCAUUCACAGAAUUCACAGCGACUGAGGUUUUAAGAAAGGGAACUAGUACUAUUUCCAUUUCUGCUCUAUCUCAUUAUGUAAAUGCCUCAGAUGUGUGCAUCCUGUUCAUAAAGUUGUGAAUACUAAAGAGCUGUGAGGCUGA